GCUUUGUCGCAACUCAAUUGUACUUUUUAUACUGAAAAAUGGCUCCACCGUCGCGGAAGCGCAAGAUUGUUACUCGUGAAAGCCCAGUUGUCUCCGGGAGCGCAUCUGACGAUGAACUCGAAGGCGGCCUGCUGGAUGGAAUCCUCUCCCAGAGUGACGACGAGUCGGUAGAAGACAGUGAGGAAGAGAACAUUGAAGGCCUCAGUGAGGACCAAGGCUCCUCGAGUCAAGAGGAGGACGAAGGAGAUCUAGACAGCGACGAGAUUCCCUCCGAUGGCGAACCAGACAUACGGGAGCAGAUACGGAAGCUCAACACCAACGAUGGAAGCUCCAAAAGCAGGCACGGAAAAGGGCCCGAGGAUGUGGUUUUGCGCUCGAAUGGCUCUCGUUUAGAUCUUGAUACUAUGGAGAACGGUGGCGGACAAGAUGAGGAGGAUGACGAGGACCUCCAACCGAAUUACACCGUCGAAGUCGACGCCAAUGGCAACGAACGAUAUGUGUACAAGGAGAUCGAUCCCGUGUAUGACUCAGACGACUCAGAUGCACCAGAGGCCACGAACACGAUUGGCGACAUCCCGCUCUCAUUCUACGAUUCCUAUCCUCACAUUGGUUAUGAUAUCAAUGGCAAGAAAAUCAUGCGGCCCGCGAAGGGAGAGGCCUUGGACGCUCUCCUAGACAGCAUAGACAUACCGAAAGGAUGGACUGGGCUCACAGAUCCGGCGACUGGAAAGCCUCUAGAACUAAGUCAGGAGGAACUAGAAGUUCUCAAACGGAUCACAAGGAACGAACUGCCCGAGGAUGGUUACGAUCCUUACCCGGAUAUGGUUCACUAUUUCACUGGCAAGGAAGAAAUCAUGCCUCUUAGUGCUGCGCCUGAACCAAAACGAAGAUUCGUCCCAUCGAAGCACGAAGCGAAACGGGUUAUGAAGAUCGUGAAGGCUAUCAGAGAAGGACGCAUACAACCAUACAAACCUCCCUCCGAGGAAGUGGAAGAGGACCCGGACGUCAAGACUUAUGACAUCUGGGCAGACGAAGUGCCGCGACUCGAGCAUUACAUGAACAUUGCAGCUCCUAAGCUACCACCACCAGGCUACGACGAGAGCUAUCACCCUCCACCUGAGUAUCUCCCGGAUAAAGACGAGAAGGCUGCGUGGAUAGAGGCAGACGACGAGGACCGCGAGAAAGAAUACCUUCCAACUGACCACGAUGCGCUUCGCAAAGUUCCAGGCUACGAGAGUUUUGUCAAAGAGAAAUUUGAGAGGUGUUUAGAUUUGUACCUAGCACCGCGGGUGCGGCGAAACAAGCUCAACAUUGAUCCGGAAUCGCUACUUCCCAAGCUCCCAAGCCCCGAGGAGUUACGGCCAUUCCCCACGACAUGCGCCGCAGUCUUCCGUGGACACGAAGGUCGCGUGCGCAGCGUAUCAGUAGACCCUCACGGUGUCUUCCUGGCCAGCGGCGGAGAUGAUGGCGUUGUUCGAAUAUGGGAGCUUGUGACGGGCCGGCAGCUAUGGAGCGUGAAGCUGUCACGCGACGAGGCCGUUCAUGUUGUAAGAUGGAGACCAGGGAAGGAUGCCGCAGUACUAGCAGCAGCUGCGGGAGAGGACAUCUAUCUAAUUGUGCCCUGGUCUAUCAUAUCGCCCGAUCUGGAUCAGAUCAGCCGAGAUCUCCUGGACGCUGGUUGGGGAUACGCGGCAUCCAAGCCCUCCACAACUACAAAUGGCGUAGUAAACAAGGAGUCACCAGCUAAGUGGAGUCGCCCAGGAUCCAAACUCGAAGAGAAGGGCGUCCUUGUGAAAGCGACUGUAAGAUCAAAAGUUCAGGUGAUCAACUGGCACAGGCGCGGAGAGUACUUCUCCACCGUCUCACCAACGGGCCAGAGUAGCGCCGUCGCUAUUCACACACUUUCAAAGCAUCUCACACAAUUACCCUUCAGGCGACUCAAGGGCAUACCGCAGUCCGCCCAGUUCCAUCCAUCGAAGCCAGUUUUCUUUGUAGCCACCCAGACCUCAAUACGAAGCUACGAUCUCGCCCGACAAGAGCUCGUCAAAAUCCUCCAACCCGGAGCCAAAUAUAUCUCCUCGUUCGACGUGCAUCCUGGAGGCGACAACCUCAUUGUCGGCACUUACGACAGGCGUCUCCUGUGGCAUGAUCUGGACCUCUCUUCGAAGCCGUAUAAGACGCUGCGGUACCACAAGGAAGCCAUUCGUGCAGUCAAGUUCCACCAGGGCGGGCUGCCGCUAUUCGCCGACGCUAGCGAUGAUGGGAGUCUGCAGAUCUUCCACGGGAAGGUGGUUGGGGAUCUGAUGGAGAACGCGACGAUUGUACCGCUGAAGGUGUUGAGGGGCCAUCAAGUUAAGAGCCGGCUUGGUGUUAUGGAUGUUGAUUGGCAUCCGCGAGAGCCGUGGUGUGUGAGUGCUGGAGCCGAUGGGACCUGUAGACUGUGGAACUAGGGUAGUAGAUUCCGCACGUUUAAUAUCAUAGUGUUGGCUCUAACUUUGCUCAAAAUCCAUGCAUGUAAAUGAACAACUUGUAAGGAGCUCUUGUGAUCAGACACAACGAUUCCGUUACUCUGCUCUGAACCAUUGAACAAAUACGAUCGCAAGCCACUUGUAAGGUAGCCACUUGUAAGGUAGCUCUUUGAUGCAUUCAUCUACGUCAGCAGGUAGUCCGGAGAAGAAUAGUCUAGCUCAAG